CCAGUGACCUCAACACUCUCAAACUUGAUAGUUUGUUCGUAUUCUUCAUUCUAUGGUCUUUAACGCUAUUCUAAUCGGCACUGAAUGUUGAAAUGCUACAGCUUGAUCAAUCUUAGUGGUUGUACAUACCCAUCUUCUGCUUACUUGACAUCGACUCGCCAUCGACAUCUUCUGAAUCCAGCAAGUUACUCAACAACCGCCGCUAUAUAUCAGACCUAUUCUCGCAGAGACAACAUGUCAUCAGAACAGAACGCUGAAAGUCCCGCAAACAAUGGCCCUAAGACCACACUUGAGGAAAAAGAUGGCAGAAAGCCACGGACGAAAGGCGGCCGUCAACAAGGCGGAUCAUCCAAGUUACGAGGACUUCCCAGAGAUCCAGAUGAAGUCCGUAUGUCCAAGACGCUGUCUUGGGUCUUACGCCAUGGUGCAAAGUCCGAGGGUUUAUUCAUGCGCCCGGAUGGGUAUGUGCGGGUGCACGACCUUCUGAGUCUGCCUAAGUUUCAGGGCAUGGACUUCGAGAAGAUUCAGAAAAUAGUAGAGGCCGAUGCGAAGCAGCGAUACGGCCUACUAUUCCAAUCUGAUCCUUCCUCCCAAGACGCAACGGAAAUUUGGUGGAUCAGGGCCAGCCAAGGCCAUUCACUCAAUGAUGUCGAACUUGACCUAAAACCGAUCAAUUCUGUUGACGAUAUUCCAACGCGAACAGCCGUGCAUGGCACUAACCGUAAGGCAUGGGAGACCAUCCGUACCAAAGGGCUGAGUAAAAUGCGCCGCAAUCACAUCCAUCUUGCCCAAGGUGUCCCAGGCUCAGGCGUUAUUAGCGGUAUGAGACAAUCGGCACAGAUACUAAUUCAUGUGGACGUGCAAGCAGCCAUCGACGCUGGACUCAAGUUCUUCAUGUCCGACAACGGCGUAAUCCUCACAUCAGGAAAUGAGCGCGGCAUCCUUGAACCUCGGUUCUUUGAGAAGGUAGAGCAGAGACAGGGCAAGGUGAUGCAAACCAUCCCACUUGGUCCUGCUACUGCUAAAGGACCUUCAACAACUGUGAAGAGCACCGAGGGCACCAGUGAGAAUUCAAACAGCCAAGCAACGACAGAGGUGUCGGAACAAGGGGCGGAGCAGGCGAAAAGUGCAUAACACCUUUCUCAAUCAUAAUUAUGAUAUAUCUAUUUGUGUGUCUAUUCACGACCAAGAAUAUAUGCUGUAGUAUUAUAACUGCAAGUCAUGGGUAAUUGACUCUAAUAUUUCGUCAAGCUGUACGUUAGGGGGGAAAGGGCUGGAGAGGUUGUAAGUGGUGUUCGUGUCUUCAUGCAAGUGCAUUAUUAUGC